AUGGGAGUGAUGAAGAUGAUCGUGAUGGUUAUGAUGAUGAUGAUUGUAUUGGUUGGAACCACAAGAGGAGGCCGAAGCAUCGUGCCUCUGGUUGAUCCACGUUUAGACUGUGUGAAUAAGUGUAAUGACUUGUGCUACUCAACCGAACCAGAGAAUAAAAACUGCGUUCCUCAAUGCAUCUUCUUUAGAUGUGGCCCUCCUACUCUUCCUACCAAGAUGAAGGCUCCACACACUCAGGAAAUCCGAGCAUAA